AUGGCUCGUACCAAACAAACCGCUCGUAAAUCUACUGGUGGAAAAGCUCCUCGAAAGCAGUUGGCUACUAAAGCAGCCCGUAAAUCCGCCCCAUCUACUGGUGGUGUAAAGAAACCUCAUCGCUACAGACCUGGUACCGUCGCGCUUCGCGAGAUCCGUCGUUAUCAAAAGUCAACCGAGUUGUUAAUUAGAAAGCUGCCGUUCCAGCGCCUUGUACGUGAAAUCGCACAAGAUUUUAAAACUGAUCUGCGCUUCCAAAGUGCUGCCGUUGGGGCACUGCAAGAAGCCUCCGAAGCCUACCUGGUGGGCCUUUUUGAAGAUACCAACUUGUGCGCGAUCCACGCCAAACGCGUUACCAUUAUGCCAAAGGACAUCCAGUUGGCUCGUCGUAUCCGUGGAGAAAGGGCUUAA